AUGGGCGCUACUCGAUUUUUGGGGAUCGAUCCGAAAGAGCAGAAACUAGAUAUGCUGCUGGCAUCUGGCGCCAUCGAUCCUGGGCUGCUUUUCCACGCCCAAAGCUCCAAGACGACUGUACAGAAGAGCACUGAACAAGAUGUCAUCCCAGUGCUUACGAUUAUUACUGAACCCCCUUCGCAAGAUGAUCCAUUCCAGAAUGAGAAUGAGGCCGCGCGAGUAGAUGAUCAUGGCUCGACAUGCGAAAGUGGAAAUCUCCUUCACAAACGCAAGAUCAUCAAGGCUUCUAGCCGUGCGCUAUCUGCACCUUAUCGCAAGAAACCCCCUUCUAAAGCUAAGCACCCAGAGCCUCCUCUUUUGAAGCAGCAAGGCAAGCAACCAGGGGAGAAAUCGCACUUCGUUGAAACGGGAGGUGUUCAGAGCGUCAUCGAGUCACGGGUCAAGGGAUUCACAUAAUAUCCUCCGAAGCAGAAAGACGUCGACCACGCCAGCAAAUUUUUGAUGCAGAGCGUAGAAUAGGCUGAUACAGGCAUAGAAAAAACCAUUGCUG